CUCUCAGCCUUCAAAAACCAAAAUGAUCGAUCACAUGAACACUUCCAGCACCACUCGUUCUGCCUUGGCCGCCGUCCGAAAUGAGCGAACGCGACCGAGGUCGCGACCGAGACCGAGACCGAGACCGAGACAAGAGAAGAGAGAGGGAUGAUCGCGACAGAGAUCGAGAUCGAGAUCGCGACCGAAAGGAACGCGACCGCAGCAAACGCGACCGCACACCUGACCGCACUCGAUCCCGCCACCGCUCCCGCUCCCGCACUCCCGACCGCAGGCGGCUCCACCACCACCACCGCACUCCCUCGCCGGAGCCGCCGCGGAAGCGCCACAAGCGCGGCGACGAGGAUGACAGGGACCGGCAGAGGGCGGCGGCGGCUGCCGUGUCGGAUUUCGUCGAUGUCAUUGCUAGGGAACAGCUGAAGAAGGGCUCCACGGUGGACGGUGGCGUUGGCAGUGGGGGGGCUGAGGAAGAGGUCGUCGAUGCGGACGAGAUAGAGAUGAUGAAGAAUUUGGGAAUUCCAGUGGGGUUUGAUUCAACGAAGGGCAAGCAUGUGGCUGGGGCGGAUGCGAGUGGAGUGAGAGCGGUGACCAAGCGGCAGCCCAGGCAGUAUAUGAAUCGACGUGGUGGAUUCAAUCGGCCAUUGCCAGCCGAAAGGAAUCGCUAAUUUCUUGUUUUUUAAGGUCAUGCGUAUCAAUUGACAUGAUGAGGUGAAGUGAGAUUGCAGCUACGAUGCCUGAAACUCAAUUGGUGGAUGUGCUUUAACAUGAAAUAUUUCCUUGAAAAUAUAUUACACUUGAGUUUCAGAAUACUAUUGGGCUGGAAUGUAUUUCACCGUGUUUUGUAUCUGAUUUUUAUAUAUACUGCUGAAGUCCCGUGGGGAUGAAUUGAUUCAUAAACUGUGUGAUGACUGUAUAACGAAAUGUAGGCUAAAUGGUCCCCCCGGCCUCGGCCCCGCCCCACCCCCACCCCCACCCCACCCCACCCCAGUUGUGGUUUUGAAUCUCCAACAUUUCUUUGGUUUGUAAGAUUUAGUGGGAAGGAAAAAUUAUGGAAUUCAAAAUGGAGGGGGGGUUGUUAAUUCAUAGGAUGUAUGGGUAUCUAAGGUCUUUUAAUUGUAUGUGCUGAGGUAAAAGUUUAAGCUC